AGGUGCCCGAAGGAAAAUAAAAGAGAAGGCGAAUAGCCGACCGACCGAGCGGCCUUCGCCCCUCCCCCCUUUCUUCUUCUUCGUCGUCGUCUUCGUCUCCUUGAGGCUCGGGCUCAUCACCAAUCAACGCGCCAUGACGAGCUCCUCCUCUCCUCCCAUAAAGGCGCUGAGCAAGAUCGCUUGCAAUCGGCUGCAGAAGGAGCUCGCCGAGUGGCAGUUCAGCGCCCCUACCGGGUUCAACUACAAGGUCUCCGAUAACCUCCAAAGGUGGGUAAUCGAGGUGACCGGAGCGGCGGGCACGCUGUACGCCGGCGAGACGUACCAGCUGCAGGCCGACUUCCCCGAGCAUUAUCCCAUGGAGGCGCCUCAGGUCAUUUUUCUCAAUCCGGCCCCGAUGCAUCCACACAUUUACAGCAACGGGCACAUCUGUUUAGAUAUACUGUAUGAUUCUUGGUCACCAGCAAUGACUCUGAGUUCGGUCUGCAUCAGCAUAUUGUCGAUGCUGUCAAGUUCGCCAGCAAAGCAACGCCCGGCAGACAAUGACCGCUAUGUUAGGAAUUGCCGCAAUGGGAGGUCACCGAAGGAGACCAGAUGGUGGUUCCAUGACGACAAAGUGUAAGAGUAACUGGUUGGCACUUGUGGGCAUCCAUAGAGGCCUUGCUCACCAGCCAGCAAUCGUUAUACCAUGAAAUCUCUUCCAAGGGGGAGAUGAGAUGAAUUUAGGCUUACUUUUAAGCAACCCUCUAUUGGAUCACCAAGCUUUAAUUGCUGGGAUGAUGAUUUGUAGAUGAGUUGCACACAUGUUGAAUCGUGAAUAUAAUAUUACCCGUCAGUGAUUAUACAAAAUAAGCAAGUUUACGGUGCUGAUUCUCUGA